AUGGCGGCGUUCCGUGAUAUGGAAGAGUUGAGCCAAGGGCUCCUGAGCCUGCUGGGCGCCAACCGCGCCGAGGCGCAGCAACGGCGGCUGCUGGGACACCACGAGCAGGUUGUGGACCGGCUGCUAGAGGCGCAGGACAGCGCGGAGCGACUAUUGCGAGAGAUCCUCACCACUGAGAAGGAAGUGGCCCAAAGCCUUCUCGACACGAAGGAGAAGGCGCACCAGGGGAGUACUGAGUUGCAGCAGCUUGAAGCUGAGCUGCAGAAGGCCAGUGAGGAGGACACCUGCCUGAAGGCCAGCCUCCUUCAGCUCACCAGAGAGCUGGAGGAGCUCAAGGAGCUGGAGGCCGACCUCCAAAGACAGGAGAAGGAAGUUGACGAAGACACGACGGUCACCAUCCCUUCAGCCGUGUAUGUGGCUCAGCUUUAUCACCGGAUCAGUAGAAUCGAGUGGGAUUAUGAAUGUGAGCCAGGCACGAUCACAGGCAUCCAUCACGGCCCCAGCGUCGCCCAGCCCAUCCACCUGGACAGUACUCAGCUCUCCCAGAAAUUCAUCAGUGACCAUCUCUGGAGCAUGGUGGACACCGAGUGGUAG